AUGAGCAAGCGAAUCCUCUCCGUCGGCGAGGUCGUGUUACCCGGCAACUGGCUCAACGACCGGCUGAUCACGUUCGCCAUCCAGCACCUUGUCGAGCAGUUGAGCGCCGAGCGGAAGGCACAAAUCGCCGUGAUGUACGCCCCAGAGUGCGAGAUGAUCAAGUUUCUCCCCGCCGACUCGCUGGGCGACGUCUUCGGGCCGUUGCGGCUAGAGGAGAAGCAGCUGGUCCUCUUUGCCCUGAACAACAACAGCCGGCCAAACGUGGUGAACGCGGGCAGCCAUUGGUCGUUGCUGGUCUACGACCGCCCCGGCUACACGUUCAGCUAUUUCGACAGCAUUUCCGGGCAAAGUGCGACCGUGGCCAAAGAAGUAGCCACAAAGAUGUCAAGCUUAUUAAACGCCGGAGAAGCCACUUUUAUCAACGCCCGCGCCCCGCAGCAGCAAAAUUCCAGCGAUUGCGGCAUAUUUUUGAUAGAAUAUGCCCGGCAGAUUUUACAGUGCCCAUCCGACGACUUGCAACUGGCCAAUAUCUCCGCGAAGAAGAUGCGAUUGGAUUGGUAUAAUGUUAUUAAUGAUUUGAAUGAUGCAUCACGCCAUGAAAACCCCGCGGGUCCCGGCACGACAUUUUGCCCCCAGUUCACGAGGUGUCGGCCCAUCCCAUUUCUCAGAAGAGCGGAUUACGUCGCGUUACAUUACUUUGCCGGCCGGUCUGUUAUGAGCAAAAUCCCAACCGUAACGCUGGCCGACGACGACGACGAUAUACAGCCUCAUUUGAGGAGUCUUGGAGCGGCCGAACGCGCACGUCUUCGCCAGGAGGCGCUCCGGAAAUUCGUGCCAGGGGAACCAUGCGUUGUUUGCGGUGACACCGCCUCCGGCAUCCACUACGGCGUUUCGAGCUGUAAUGGGUGCAAGACGUUCUUUAGGAGAGUGGUUAUUGAGAACCGCACGUAUUCCUGCAAAAACAAGGGCGACUGCGUGAUCGACAAAAGUAUGCGGUGUUCGUGUCGGCAUUGUCGUUUCAAGAAAUGCUUGCGCGUCGGCAUGGAUCGAUCAGAACUCAACAUUGAGCGUCGCCGGAAAAGAAAAGCUCGUGAUCCCGGUGUGUCUGACAACGAGUACGAGGAGAACAAUUUUAUCUGCGACCCCCUAAUCGAUCUCCUCCACAAAAAGGAGUCUUGCUACGAGGCACUGCUCACUUCCACGGUCUCCCCACUGCAUUCCUCGCUAAAAGAUGCGCUAAUCAGCCCGAAGGCUUUUGAUCAGCCGCUGUCAUUGUACACAUCACACCCUCUACCCGUCGGCGAGCAGCGAAAUUUCUCGUUCUGGCGCGCGAAAAUCCUGUCGGUGUUGGUGGAAUGGGCAAAGUCGUUUGAGGUAUUCAGCAAACUCUGUCUGGACGAUCAGAUGCGCCUUGUCGUGCACACCAUCUUUUCCAACCUUGUCUUGGCCGAGGCGUUUCAUACGCCAGAGAAAUACACGGACAGGAUCGUUUUUCCGGACGGGCUGAGCGGGUAUCGUAACUUGACCUCCUGCGUACUGAAGGAACGUUCCGGACUCGUCCCUACCGUCGUUGCUGUCAUCAACAACAUUCUAGUCCCGAUUCGCCGGAUGAAGAUGACAAAAACGGAAUAUCUACUCUUGCAGGCGAUCAUUUUCUAUGAUCCUGAAUGCCUGAGCCUCUCCGAGCAAGCACACCAGCUGAUAUCCGCCAAACGGAAGCGGCUUCUCCACUCACUACGGCGGCACCUCGACACGAAGUGCAGCGAUCCGGUGGAGAGCGCCAAGCGAUUUGCUGAGGUGUUGUUGCGGAUCUCGAAUGUACAGAAAGUAGCCGCGUUCAAACGAGAAACUCUCUGCACGAUCGAGACGUUCAACCUGAUGACCCCGCAUCCGUUUACCAUGGAGAUUUCGAAGGCCUAUCCUGAUUACGCCUCAACGGCGUUCAACUGCGAAAAUAUCGAAAAUGACGUCUACUGCUCGUCCACGUUUGCCGCCACGGAUGCCCCAGCCGUCGGCAACGACAAUGAUCGCCCGAACGCAUGCUUCAAAGACGCCGCUGGUACGGUGAGCGAGGACGUCAAGGCCGGAGCCAUCGUGUCUUGCCCGAAGACGUGCGGAUACUGCUGUCUGUCGGCUGCUUUUACUUGUACAAACAAAGAAUUCCCGCGCGUCAACUGCAAGACGGUCACCCAGAAACAAUGCAACGACGUGCUGUGGAGGCAAAUGCUCGCCGAGGACUGCCCGAAUGUCUGCGGAUUCUGCUUGGAAGGAGGCUGUGUCGAUGCCGCAGUCGAGUGCGCCAACGAUAAGUCGAUCUGCCGCAACACGGACACCCAGGAGUUUGCCAAAACAAACUGCAAGAAGACGUGCGGCUACUGUAACAACAAUUCGACGAGCUCUACCACUAGGGGCUACACCGGCGCGUCAUGCAUGGAUAGCUCAAACUGCGUAACGUGGCAAAAGAACGGCUUCUGCACGUCGUCCUUCUACACGACGGAGGUGAAGCGGUACUACUGCCCCAAGAUGUGCGGCAUGUGC